AUGGCGUCAAAUAGCCAAAGCCCUGGCGAGAAUGAUACCUCCAAUCAGAUCCCGCUUCAGGAUCUUUCCAGGUCCGACAUCAAUGUCCCCGCAGAUGGCCAUAGCAGAGGCCGCGCCAAUAGUGUGGGGGGCGGAGUCUUUUCACGACGAUCGUUAAUGGGAAGAGGGUCCCGCAAGCAGUACCAGAGUGUUGCAGAGGAGUCGCCGGUCGACUUGGCAAAUGCAAAUAACAGGGACCCAUUUCAAUCACCUGAAGAUGAGGAGAAUGAUCUGGGUGCACUCGCACAGGCGAUGUCGUUCGGAAUUACCUUUGACGCGCCACGAUUAUCAUUAUCAGGACCCUCCGCUAGACACGACUUUGAUGGUGCCUCCGAUCUCGAUAACGUGCCCUUGGACAAUUAUAGCUCACACGAACCCGACAAUUAUGCGCCCCAAGCAGACGACGAAGACGACACUGCACGCUUGACCGAUCCCCGAUUCCUCCAGCCGAUUAGUGGCGCCCUAGCUGAAGGUCGACCAAGAAGUGAUACUGGCGGUUAUUCCAUGCACUCUGGUGAUGGGUCGCGUCUAGGCGAUGACCUCCCUCAUGUGGAGGAUGGAUUGGGCCGACGCCGUGGCAGUAGCGCGCGGUCUCGUUCUCUAUCCCCAUCGGCCUCUGGCGGGGCGCUGCAGCGUGCCAGUUCGAUGGUGAAAUCCAUGUCACAGCGAGUGGUUAACCUGAGUAAUGAACCGGAAAUCGUGCAGCAGUCAAUCGAACGGGAAGAGUCCCAAAAAAAUUCACGGCUAGAAGGGCCCCCGGUCCUACCUGCGCUGACGGAUUUCGCCCAUGAUACCACCCCUGGACUGCCGCCGAGAGAGAACCGGGCGUCGAGAACGAUGUGGAAGUACCGAAAUAACCCUUUCCGAGGCAGGUCGCUGGGCUUCCUGGGUCCCAAUAACCCCUUUCGACUCUGGCUUUGCGAUAUUCUCGUGAAUUCGUACAUGGAACCCUUCAUUCUGGUAAUUAUUGUGGUUCAGACUAUUCUGCUGAUCGUGGAGUCCUCACGAUCAGUAUUCAAUCGACCUUUGGCGGUGCAUUGGGGCAGUACUCCGUUGGAUUAUGUUUUCUUUACCAUUUUCAUCAUCUAUACCCUUGAAAUUGGCGCCAAGAUCUUGGUCUCUGGUUUUAUUUUCAACCCGAGGGAGUAUAGCACGCUAAACCGAAACCUGGGCAUCAGGAAAGCGAUAGCAGAGAAGGGUAAGAACCUCAUUACUCCACAUCGGCAAACGACCAAGAAAAAAGUUUCAUUCCUACAACCCGACCCCCAGGCUUCUAUCUUGCGAACCUUUACUGGGAUGAAUGCACUGGAAACUGAAACCUACGACGAUCCUCUGCAGAAACGCCGCACUCUACUCGCCCACCGUGCGUUCCUCCGCCACUCUUUCAAUCGUCUGGACUUUGUGGCAAUCAUUUCCUAUUGGGUCUCCUUCGUUCUUUCACUACAGGGCUUGGAGGCAACUCACCAGCUUUACAUUUUUCGCAUGAUGAGCUGUCUUCGAAUCUUGCGGUUGCUUUCUCUCACCAACGGUACUUCUGUAAUUCUUCGAAGUCUUAAACGCGCCGCACCUCUUCUUGUGCAUGUUGCAUUUCUCAUUGGAUUCUUUUGGCUUCUGUUCGCUAUUGUCGGCAUGCAGAGUUUCAAAUCGAGUCUUAAGAGAACCUGCGUCUGGGUUGAUCCUGAGGGCAUUUCUAAUUUCACUUCGAACGAUCCCUACGGCACAAUUCAAUUCUGCGGCGGGUAUAUCAACAGCACAACAGGGGAGCAUAUGCCUUGGCUUGAUAGCUCUGGGACUGUUCCGGCCAGUUCUACCGCCAAAGGCUAUAUGUGCCCCACAGGUUCCCUCUGCGUUGAAGGCAGUAAUCCCUACAAUGGAACACUGAGUUUCGAUAACAUUUUUCAGUCACUGGAGGCGGUUUUUGUCAUCAUGAGUUCCAACACGUUCACCGACUUGCUUUACUACACCACCGACAGUGACUAUCUGGCAGCAGCGCUGUUCUUUGCCUUCGGUAUAGUUAUUCUAAGUCUGUGGUUGGUGAAUCUGCUCGUUGCAGUCAUUACCCAUUCUUUCCAGGUCAUACGAGAGGAAAGCAAACGCAGUGCUUUCGCCAUUCAAAAGAUCGACAAUGUUGAAGACGAUGAUACCAUGACCCGAAAAGUGAGCACGCUCAAACGAUUUUACGACAAAACCGAAUACUUUUGGGUUCUCAUCAUUGCCUACGACCUUAUCAUCCAAGCAUUGAGAAGUUCCACUAUGGCAGAAGAACGAGCUCGUUUCAUUUCAAACACAGAAUUAGUGGUCACACUAAUCUUUCUCCUUGAAAUUGCUGUGCGCUUUGCAUCGGAUUGGCGUGUAUUUCAUCGGAGACCCCGAAAUUGGCUCGACCUUCUCCUUGUUGUCGUCACUUGUGUCAUUCAGAUACCUCCCAUUAAAAGUUCGGGCCGUGCUUACAGCGUUCUCACGCUCUUUCAAAUUUUUCGGGUCUACCGAAUUGUGCUGGCAAUCCCUGUCACAAGAAAGCUUAUCAUGGUUGUCUUCCGAAACACCGUUGGUCUGCUCAACCUCAUAUUCUUCCUCUUCUUAAUGACUUUUCUCGUUUCCAUCUUUGCAACCCAACUCUUUCGCAGUCAAAUUCCUUCUGAAGAUCCAACUGGAAAUUACAUCAAGACCACGUUUGCCGAUAUCUAUAACUCGUUUUUGGGAAUGUAUCAGAUCUUAUCAAGCGAGAACUGGACAACCAUCUUGUAUAACGUCACUGCAUACACGACCCACUUCAAUACCGCUUGGAUUUCCGCCUCAUUCAUCAUCUUGUGGUUCAUUGUGGCCAACUUCAUCAUUUUGAACAUGUUUAUUGCGGUCAUUCAAGAGAGCUUUGAUGUGUCAGAGGACGAGAAACGUCUCCAACAGGUUCGGGCAUUUUUGGAGCAGAAGCAUGUCGGGCAGGCUACCCAAGGGAACCUUGCGCUUUCAAAGAUUCUUCGCCUGGGCCGCGAUUCGGAUCGCUAUAAGGAUCCGCUUGAUCAUGGACCCGCUGCGUUGGAAAUGCUUUUGAAGGAUGCCGUUGUCCGCGAGUUUCUCGAUGAAGAAGAAGAGAAGCUGGAAGGGGAGUCGGAGACCCGGCGCCGAGAGACUGCGCUUCCUGACAGUGUGGCUGCAGAGACCACUGACCCUGGUUUCAUCUCGCAGGCCUUGGCCAAGGCGAAUGCUCUCAUUAUGGGCCGGGAACCAAACCCAUUCUACUCGAAACUAAAGUUUUCACGGGCCUACGAAGAAUUGGAUCCCAGAACCAUGGCCAGAGAAGUGGUUUCGGCGGCUGAGGCGAGGAAGCGGGCACAAAGAGAGUAUCUCAUCAAACACCCGAAAUACAACAAGUCGCUUUACAUGUUUGUACCACAUCACCCAGUCCGAAAGCUGUGUCAGCGAAUCGUUGGUCCUGGACGCGGAAACCAACGUGUUGAAGGCGUGGAUCCAUAUAAGCCAGUGUGGUAUACCUUUUCAGCCUUCAUUUACGCGGCCAUUGUGGCCAUGGUCCUGCUUGCAUGCAUCACGACCCCAUUGUACCAGAGACAAUAUUUCAGUUCGGACCGCAAUUGGUUUGUCUACACCGACAUGGGCUUUGCAGUCGUUUUCACCAUCGAGGCGACUAUCAAGGUGAUUGCCGAUGGCUUUUUCUGGACACCCAAUGCAUACUUCCGCAGCUCUUGGGGUUUCAUUGACGGAGUUGUAUUGCUCACUCUGUGGGUCAACGUCGGCAGCACUCUGUAUAAGGACUACAAUAUUUCCAGACCUAUCGGUGCCUUCAAAGCUCUGAGGGCUCUGCGUUUGCUGAAUGUCAGUGAUAGCGCGAAGGACACUUUCCAUUCCGUCAUUAUCCUAGGGGGAAUGAAUGUCAUUGCUGCAGCGGCGGUUUCGCUGAGUUUUCUAAUCCCCUUCGCCAUCUAUGCUCUCAACUUGUUCAACGGACAGUUGUUAACCUGCAACGAUGGAAACUUUUCAGGUAAUUUGACUUAUUGCGUCAAUGAAUACGCUAGCUCCCCUUACAAUUGGGAUGUCAUGGCGCCCCGAACUGUGAGCAAUACCUACUACGACUUUGACAAUUUCGGCGACUCCCUCUUCAUUCUCUUCCAGAUUGUGUCUCAGGAAGGUUGGAUCGAUGUCCAACAAAGCGUAAUGAGCAUUGUCGGGCCUGGGUUACAGCCUCAGGACAAUGUUGCCCCCGCCAACGGCUUCUUCUUUGUGGUCUUCAACUUGCUUGGAGCCGUGUUUGUCCUGACGCUGUUUGUAUCUGUUUUCAUGCGCAACUACACAGAACAGACCGGUGUUGCCUUUUUGACCGCUGAACAACGAUCCUGGCUGGAAUUGCGGAAAAUCCUUCGACAGAUUUCACCGUCCAAACGUUCCCUCCACGAAAAGAGUGCCCAGUGGCAGCAGUGGUGCUAUCGUAUCGCUGUCAAAAAACACGGUCGAUGGGCGCACUUUGUUACUUUCACCCUGUGUAUACAUUUGGUCCUUUUGGUGCUUGAGUUCUACCCGGAGCCUGAAAUGUGGGAGUUGGCUCGUUCCAUUCUAUUUUUUAUUUUCAUGUUCGUCUACGUGGCCAAUGUCGUGAUCCGAUUUGUCGGCCUUGGAUGGCACCGGUUCAGCCGAAGUUCAUGGGACCUAUACUCUCUCCUAGCUGUACCCGGUGCAUGGGUCACCACUGUAUUGCAUAUCGCAUAUUCGACACAGGUUGUUCUUGAGUUGAACAAGCUAUUUCUCGUCGCAAUUGCUUUGCUUCUCAUUCCACGAAAUAACCAGCUGGACCAGCUGUUCAAGACUGCCGCAGCUAGUCUACCAGUCAUUGGCAAUCUCCUUGCUACCUGGUUUGUGUUAUUUCUAGUGUUCGGCAUCGCCAUGAACCAAGCUUUUGGUCUCACGAAAUUCGGAAGCAACGAGACCAAUAAUCUCAACUUCCGCGACGUUCCCAAAACACUCAUCCUGCUCUUUCGAUCCAGCUGUGGAGAGGGAUGGAAUCAAAUUAUGGAAGACUUUGCCACCAUGGAACCCCCUUACUGCACAUAUAGUUCCAACUUCCUCGAAAACGACUGCGGCAGUGCCGGCUGGUCUCGGACUCUUUUCAUUGCGUGGAACAUUAUCAGCAUGUACAUCUUUGUCUCACUAUUUGUUUCGCUUAUUUUCGAAAGUUUCUCUUAUGUCUACCAACGAAGCAGCGGGCUAUAUGCGGUGAGUCGCGAAGAGAUCCGCCGCUUCAAACAGGCCUGGUCGACGUUCGAUCCGGAUGGAACUGGGUUCAUCUCUAAAGAGCAGUUUCCCCGGCUACUUGGGGAGCUCUCAGGCAUCUUCACGAUGCGGAUCUACGACGGAGAAUUUACCGUCGGCGCAAUAUUAGAUCAAUGUCGAACCAACGCGCGAGACUCAAUGGUCUCCUUCCACUCACUGAAUAUGCACUCGGCAGAGUCCUUGAAUCCGAUGAUGCAACUCCGUGCGGAGGACAUUGUGGAUGAGGUCGAUCUGAAAGAGCUCAACCGCAUUCUUAACCGCAUCCCUAUUAAUACCAUUCGUGAGCGGCGACAGCGGCUCAAUAUCUUCUACGAAGAAGUCCUGGUUUCGGCAGACCCCGACCGUGGUAUUUCCUUCCACCAAUGUUUGAUGAUUCUCGCCCAUUACAAUAUCAUCAGCGAUAGCAAGAGUCUACGUCUAGAGGAGUUCCUUCGUCGCCGAGCACGCCUUCAGCGUGUCGAGGAAGCUGUCCGCCGUAACACCGUGAUGGGUUUCUUCGAUACUCUGUACUGGUCCCGUAGAUUCCGCCAGGCCGUUGAACGCAAGAAGAACGCCCGCAUGACCACCGUUCCUCAAUUCACAGUACCCGAGAUCUACGUCGACGACCCCGUGGAUGACUCCAAGGAGCACGAGGAGCCAGCCCCCGGCAUGAUGACGCCACAAACCCAGCCUGAUCUCGAAGGAGCCUUUGCGCCAAUGCUCUCACCGUCGUCUACCUUGCACCGCCGCGCGGAAUCCAGCCCUAGUGCCCACCGGCAUGACCUGCCUCGUCUAGACACUACUAUGACUGGCCGAUCAUCGGGUGCCAGCACCCCGACGGAAUGGGCCAGUAUCAGUCCAUCGCGCACACCACGCCAUAUGUAUGGCGAUCGCGCGUCAUUCGAUUUUGGUGAGCGCCGUGAUUCGGCUUCGGCUUCGGGUGCCGACCAUUCCCAAGAGAACAGCACCAUGAGCGUGCAAGAUGUGAUGAACUCGCUAGAUAACUCUGCCUGGGGCGAAAGUAUCCGGCGUAGUUUUACGCAGCGGCGAUCAGGUGAGCGACGAUCCGGUGAGGGCUCAAAUCGGUCGACCCAAUCUACUGAACCAGCUUCACCUUAA